AUGGCCGACUCCACUCCUCCGCCUCCUCCCGCUGCUGCCGCGGAGCCCUCGCCGCCUCCUCCUCCCUCUACCUCUGGCUCGCCCACGGACUUUCUCAAGGGCGUCGUCGGGAAGCGUGUGGUCGUCCGACUUACCUCGGGGGUGGAUUAUCGUGGGAUACUGUCGUGCUUAGAUGGCUACAUGAACAUCGCGCUCGAGCAGACGGAGGAGCAUGCGAACGGCAGGAUCACAAACCGGUAUGGGGACGCGUUUAUUCGCGGCAACAAUGUAUUGUAUAUCUCUGCGGCAGAUGCUCUGUAA